AUGACUCCCGCCCAAAAUUUCUCGCGCGCCCCUCCGAACUUCAUCACACUAUCCCCCCCGAUCCCUUCCCUGCAAGCAGACAACAUGGCGGAUCAAAACACUGUCAAGGAGGUUGAGGCCUCCAUGGCUAACCUCCAGCUUGAUUCGGUUACCGGCGAGAUGGUUUCCAAGUCUGAGCUGAAGAAGCGACUGAAGCUCCGUGAGAAGGAGGCCAAGAAGAAGGAGAAGGAGGCUGCCGCUCCCCCCAAGGCCCAGAAGAAGGUCUCUGCUGAGGAGGAGGAGGCUAACCUGACCCCUAACCAAUACUUCGAGAUCCGAAGCAAGAAGAUCGAGAAGAUGUUCGAGACCAAGAACCCCGACCCGUAUCCCCACAAGUUCCAAGUCAACAACGACCUGCGCGAGUUCCUCAAGGAGUACGAAGGCCUCCAGAAGGGCGAGCAGAAGCCCGAAAUCCCCAUCCGCAUCGCCGGCCGUGUCUACACCAAGCGCUCCUCCGGUCCCAAGCUGAUUUUCUACGACAUCCGCGCCGAGGGCAAGAAGGUCCAGGUCAUGUGUCAGGCCCAGAAUGCCACUGGCAGCGUCCCCUUCGAGCAGCAGCACGAGCAUCUCCGCCGAGGUGAUAUCAUCGGUAUUGUCGGUUUCCCUGGCCGUACUUCUCCCAAGAACCGUGACGACGGUGAGCUUUCUAUCUUCGCCACUGAGGUCAUUCUCUUGGCCCCAUGUCUGCACGCCAUUCCCUCCGAGCACUACGGGUUCCAAGACAAGGAGCUGCGCUUCCGCCAACGCUAUCUGGAUCUUAUCAUGAAUGACCGCACCCGUGAAAUUUUCCGUACACGUGCCAAGAUCGUUAGCUACAUUCGCAACUAUUUGGAUAGCCGUGAUUUCACCGAGGUGGAGACCCCCAUGAUGAACCAAAUUGCCGGUGGAGCUACCGCGAAGCCCUUCGAAACUCAUCACAAUGAUCUCAACCAGAAAAUGUACAUGCGUAUUGCUCCAGAGCUGUAUCUGAAGAUGCUUAUCGUUGGUGGCCUUGAACGUGUAUAUGAAAUGGGCCGUCAAUUCCGUAACGAGGGUAUUGAUCUUACUCACAACCCUGAGUUCACUACUUGCGAGUUCUACUGGGCCUAUGCCGAUUACCAUGACUUGAUGGACAUGACCGAGGACCUUGUUUCAGGCUUGGUCAAGCAAAUCACUGGUGGUUAUGAGACUAAGUUCCAUACCCAGACUGGCGAGGAAUACAACAUCAACUGGAAGGCUCCCUGGCGACGAAUUGAGAUGAUUCCCGGCUUGGAAGAGGCUACUGGCGAGACUUUCCCCCCAGCGGACCAGCUCCACACUGCCGAGACUGGCGAAUUCCUCAAGAAGGUGCUCAAGAAGAUGAACGUUGAGUGCUCGCCACCAUUGACCAACGCCCGCAUGCUGGACAAGUUGGUGGGCGAGUUCUUGGAGAGCACUUGCAUCAACCCCACUUUCAUCAUGAGUCACCCCGAGAUGAUGUCCCCUCUGGCGAAGUGGCACCGCAGUCAGCCUGGUCUUUGUGAACGCUUCGAGGCUUUUGUUGCGACAAAGGAGAUCUGCAACGCCUACACGGAAUUGAACGAUGCGAGGACCCAACGCUUGCGCUUUGAGGAACAGGCUCGUCAGAAGGAACAGGGUGAUGAUGAGGCGCAGCUCGUUGACGAGGCAUUCUGCACUUCCCUCGAGUAUGGGUUGCCUCCAACUGGUGGCUGGGGCAUGGGCAUUGACCGCCUAGUGAUGUUCCUCACCGACAAUUACAGCAUUAAGGAGGUGCUGGCCUUCCCUAUGAUGAAGGAAGACAAGACUGCAGAGCAUGGCAAAACCACUGCUGAUGCUGCUGGUAGUGUACCCCAGUCCGACGAAGGCAACCCCAACAAAUAA